ACUACUACUCUUUCCUUCAUUCACUCGUUCACGCUGGCCCUCGUUCGUAUCCUCAAAAAUGCAACUAUAUCCACCGAAAGAGUUCUAGUAUCCCAUCGGCAUUCCCACCAGAGGUCUGCCCCACUCAGCCCUGUCCAUCUAAGACUGCGCGACUUUUGCAGCAGGCCGCCGUGUUCACGACGGGUAUACCAUUCUCAGGCCAAGAUACUCGUGGAGACGGAGGAUUUUCUCGCUGGGUACGAGGCUGAGAAUGAUGAUAAUGCGCCAGAGGUGGAUUCGGUGCCUGUUCCCCCGCGGUUUGAUUGGCGUGGACGCGCCUUUUCGAGGCAGAGGAAAGAUAGGCUGGAUGGGAAACGGAGACAUAAGAGAAGGAUAAACCCUCAGUUGACGGUUCUUCAAGAACAUGAGCCUUAUUAUCAUAUGGUUCUGCGGUAUAGCGAGCAUUUUAAUGGCCUCUUGGAUGCAGAGAUCGCGGCAGAAGAAGCGUUUUGGCUUGAGGAGAAGCAUUUCGGGAGACGAACUGCGACGUUUACGCGUGGGCCUGGAGUGCAGUUGCCUGAGAAUCGAUUUGAGAGCGGCACGCAGGUCCUGGUAUCUCGUAUCGACCCGCUAAAGGACGAGCCAGCCAAAGGCUCCCUCAUCUCCCGCACCCCGUUGCAGCUCAAAGUAUCCUUCCCCGACCAAGUCGAGUUUGACACCCCCGAGCUCGAAGGCGCGUGGCGACUAGACCUGGGCCACUCGUCGUUGGUGCAUACCCGGAUGCGCGAGGCCAUCAGCCACCUGCAUCGGGAUGUUCGGUCGCAGGAGGCGGUGAUGGCUGCUGAUCGCGAGGAGGUGCUCAACGGGACGCAUUUGAGGGAUGUCAUUCUGAGAGGGUAUAGCCAGGGGGAUUUCGUGGAUAAGGGUGGGGAGGGCGUGUUUAGGGAUGAUCAGCGUAUUUAUAGUUGGGCGAGGAGGUAUAUGAGGCAGGAUCCGGUGGUUGUGGAGGGUGAUCCGGUUAUUGAUGGGUUGAAUGCGACACAGGUUAGAGCUAUGGCUCAGAUGAUUGGGGAGCGGUUUAGUUUGGUGCAAGGGCCUCCUGGGACGGGAAAGACAAAGACAAUUAUCGAGACUAUUAAAUUGCUCAAGCUCCAUUUCGAGACUCCCCAACCCAUCUUGGUGUGUACCUACACCAACGUCGCCGUGGAUAACCUCGUCGAGGGCUUCGUCGCUGCUGGAGUCAAUCCUGUCCGAGUCGCGUUUGGCGGCAAGACCCGAGCGUCGCUCGAACCAUAUACAUUCGAGUAUAGACUGCAACGACACCCUCUUUAUCCCCAGGCGGAGAGAAUCUCGGAAACUAUCAAGAUGCUGGAAGGCGAGACAAAGGACACGUUAAUCCGCGCCAAGGAAGUGCAGAAAAAAAUCCAGGACGGACGGACGAACCUCGCGCAGCGCUUAGAGGGGAUGAUGAAAGCUAUAGCACAAAAGGAGGAGCGGAUCCAGGGCAAGAAGGCCCAGUCGUAUGCGCUAACGCAGCAGAUGACCAAAGACGUGCUGAGUGAAGCUGAUGUGAUCUGUACGACAUGUCUGACCGCCGCAUCUCGCGUCCUCGAGGCUACGGACUUUCCAGUGGUGUUUUUAGACGAAGCGUCCAUGUCUACUGAACCGGCGUCGCUCGUUCCUCUGAUGAAAGGAUCUAGGCAUGUGGCUCUGAUUGGUGAUCACAAACAGCUCCCGCCGGUAAUCGUGAGCCAGAUAGCAAAGUCGAAUCGACUGGAUAGGAGUUUGUUCGAGCGGCUCAUUGUCGAGGGCGAUGUUCCGUCGAUCAUGCUGGAUAUCCAGUAUCGGAUGCAUCCCGCGCUUUCGGCGUUUCCGUCGCUAGAGUUUUAUGGUACGAGUCUGUUGGAUGGGACGGUGGAUUCUGGGGGAAACAUCUUGUCGAGGCUUGCCCCUCCGAAUUCUCUGCAUCUGGAAAAGGACGGGAAUGGGGAGAGGCCGUCUGUGGUGUUUCUUGAUCAUGCCGGGGAAGAAUCCACGAAGGAUCGGAGCCGGGUCAAUUGGAACGAGGCUCAUAUUGUGGCGAGCGUGGUUGAGGACUUGUUGCUGACGAAUCCGGAACUGUCAGGGGACGAUAUUGGGAUUAUAGCUCCGUACGCUGCGCAGAUAUCGUUGUUGACGCGGCUGUUCAAUGUGAAUGCGCGGUAUAGAGAGCGGUUCGAGCUUGUGUUGGGUGAGCACCGGGCGAUGCAGAUUGGGGACAUCGAGAUCAAGACCGUGGACGGAUUUGAAGGCCGGGAGAAGGAGAUUAUCAUAUUCUCUACCGUGCGGAACAACGCGGGAGGACAUAUCGGAUUUCUUGCCGACCGAGGACGGCUGAACGUUGGGCUCACACGAGCCAAGAGGGGACUGUUUAUUGUUGGAAGUAUCAGCACGCUGAAGAUGGGACGAUCCGUCGACAGUAGCACCAAGGAAGAAACAGGGGCGGUUGCCUGGAGGAACUAUGCUCAGUAUUUGGUGAAGGAGGGCCGUGUGAGCAGGAUCGGCGGGAUGAAGCUUCAGCAUGCGAUAUAUGGGCACUUGCGGGCGGCCAGACGGGAUCCGCCGUUGCUUGACAGUGGCGUAGUUGAAACGCGAAUCUAAUUUACUUGUACAAAAAAAAAAUAAUCGCUCAUCGAUUCUGUCGCAACCUUGGGAACAGAUUACCUAAUGCGCAACCUUAAUUUCCAAAGAAAUUGAAAAAUUG